GGUUGUUUUGGUUGUUGCGCCUAAAAAUCCUGUGGGGGAACCUCGCCGGCGAUCCCUCCAAAGCCCAGAAGCGACGCCGCCGCCGCCGCCGCCAGCCGCCACGUUAUCCAUGAGGCCUCUCCUCGCCCGCCUCUUCGCCCCGACUUACAUUGCCAUGGGUUUCUCCUCCUCCGCGUCGCCGCCGUCCCGGCGGCUUGCCCACCUCACACGCCACCUCCUCCUCAGCUCCGGCGAGCUCUCCUCCUCGGUGGGCGCCCCCGCCGCCGCCGCCCGGCCGGCCUACCUCGCCGCCCCCAAGGGCUACGCCGCCGUGCUGGUCUGCCUCUUCGAGGACCCCCACGGCGGCGACCCCCGCGUCAUCCUCACCAAGCGCGCCGCCUCCCUCUCCUCCCACUCCGGGGAGGUGUCGCUGCCGGGAGGGAAGGUGGAGGAGGGGGAUGCGGAUGCGACGGCGACGGCUCUGCGGGAGGCGAAGGAGGAGAUUGGGUUGGACCCUGCGCUUGUUUCUAUUGUCACAGUUCUUGAGCCCUUCUUGUCCAAGAACGGACUCCAUGUAACUCCUGUAAUCGGCAUUCUUUCGGAUAAAGCUUUAUUCAAGCCUGUCUUGAAUGAAUCUGAAGUGGCAGACAUCUUUGAUGCACCUCUAGAGAUGUUCCUGAAGGAUGAUAACCGGAAAACACAAGAAUCGAAUUGGAUGGGCAUGAAUAUUCCAGUCCAGUCUUUUGAGUACCAGUCAGAGGACAAAACGUUUGUGAUUUGGGGCUUAACGGCACACAUUCUGACUCGUGCUGCAGCAGUCGUUUUACCGAGAGAACCAUCAUUUGUUGAAUUUCGACCAAGAUAUGUGAACUCACCCUCUGGAGAUACGAAUGAAACAAAACGCUGAUGCAAUACCAUAAUCAUCAAUAUGUAAUUCUAGCAUUUAUCCCCUCCAUUCAGAGGCAGCUGCUUGUGCCUGUCUAUAGAAAAUCAGCUUACUGUACUUUUUGUAUGUACACGAUAGUCCAUAGAAUGUUGCAUCAUCAGCAUGUUGGAAAAUUUGUCAAUUUGAUCAUCGGACUCAGAUAGUGAACACUCUUUUGUUGCACUUUCCACAGAAUGUUGUAAACUUGUAAUACUUGAAACUUGCUCGAUAUUUGGAUGCACUCUCUGAACAGGAAACAAAAGUAGCAGAUCAAUGUUUUUUGUUAA